UCAGAUGAAAAAUGGAGAAUAGUUCUCGUGCUGUGGAGGAGCGGAGAUAUGUUCACUUGGACCCGGAAACUGUUACUAACAUUGCGGAGUCUCUAGGGAUAUCCAACCUUGCUCCGGGUGUUGCCAAGGAGCUAGCUCAAGAUGUAACCUACAGAUUACGAGAAAUAUCUGAUGUCUGCUCCCAGUUCUUGCGUCACAGCAGGAAAAGAAAACUGUCAACAGAUAUUCUCAACAAAGCAUUCAAAUGUAAGAAUAUUGAACCUGUUCUCGGACACAAGAAAAAUACUAUCCUUGGCUGUGAUUCCUUCGAGUAUUUACCCGAAGCCGAGGUUUUUGUUGAGUCUGAUCGAGAGAUUAAUCUUGUAAACGAGAGUUUACAAGGGAAUCCUUGUCUUCCGGAGUCACAAGUUACUCUCACGGCAUCCUGGAUUUCAUUGCAAGGUGUAGCACUGAAAAGCCCGCCGGAGGAGUGUCGAGUCAACCCUGCCAACAAUCCUCUUACUCCAAUCCAAGUUCAGUUCUACUCAAAUAUUACCAACAAUAUACUCGGUGAAAGCCAUCAGCUUUGUCUACUCUCACUCCAGGAUUUGCGAAGUAAUCCCCGCCUGACUCCUCUCCUACCAUUCCUGGUUAACUUCUCUAGAGUGUGUUUAAGCCGUUAUAAGGAGAACUCACUCAUUACUUCGAGAAUAACUAGGUUAAUAUCUGCACUGUUCUCCAAUCCACACAUAAACCUAUCUCCUAAACCCUACCUGAGCUACCUUGUCUCAGCACUGCUUGGGUUCCUCAUCAAGGAGAACAAGGAUCCCCAGUCCGCGGAGCAGGUUCGCCUCGUCUCAUAUGUUCUAUCUCAGGCUCUCAGGCGGUGGGCCACCCCAACCAACCAACUGAGGGCACAAACUUUAAAAGCAUUGAACGAGAACUGUGGAAACCAUCUUUCUUAUUCUCAGUAUGGAUCCUUAACCUCACUUUGUAUACUCGGGCCUCAAGUUCUAGAGGAGUGUUUACUGCCGAACUUGGAAAGUCUAAUUUCUAAUUUGUGGAGUAUAUUGAAGCAGCAGAGUGAGUGUAAGAGAAAGGUUCGUAACGAACUAGGAAACUGGAGUCUAGGAUUACUCCGUGUUGCUGGAACUGACCUGAUCAAGUAUUGGAAACAGACUAGGUCAGAUUACAAAUCUGUUAAGAACCUUUAUACUUUGUUAGACGCAUACUUCGGAGAUUCUCUAGUUCCUUUCAUCCCGGGAUCAGGAUGUGGAAGGAUCGUUCCAACUAAAGAUUUUGGAAAAAUGAAAAUUAGAAAAAUUCAAUCCUUACUCAAUCCUUCGACAUCCAAGCAGGAGAGUGGAGAUACCUUUCGGGAGCCCCGUGAACUAGAUAGAGACUUCUUCUCUGCACAGGAGAACUUUAAUUUCCUCGCCGAUAUGGGGGUACCUAGUGAUAUUUUCGAAUCCAAUGAUCUUGUAUCUAAUGAUAGGCAGGAGAACGAUUUCAGCGGAUAUUUUAAACCACGGACAGUAAACCUAUCCAAAGGGUUGGGUUCAGCCUUUCCAGACAUCCAGCAGUUUAAGUUCAAGGCUAGAGCUAUCAAGCUGAACCUAGGACCUUGUAAACAGUUGGAACCUGACAGAUAUACACAGAAGCGACAAACUGCUGGUGAACGGGGUAGAAGAUUAGUUCCAUGGAGAAACCUUGCAGUGGGGGGUAGAGUUGGUUCUAAGAGUAGACGGAGCAAUAUUCCAACUCUUUACAUCCUUCCAGACUACAUAGAUGUUCUCAGAUACUUUUAGAGUAGACGGAGAAAUAUUCCUACUCUUUACAUCCUUCCAGACUACAUAGAUGUUCUCAGAUACUUUUAGAGUAGACGGAGAAAUAUUCCUACUCUUUACACCCUUCCAGACUACAUAGAUGUUCUCAGAUACUUUUAGAGUAGACGGAGAAAUAUUCCUACUCUUUACACCCUCCCAAGUCUCCCAGUUUGCAUAGAUGUUCUCAGAUACUACUCGAGUAGACGGAGCAGUAUUCCUACUCUUUAAACAACUACAUUGAUGUUCUAAGAUACUCCUGAGUAGUUGAGAAAUAACCUCAAAAGAUCAAAUAUAUAAAUUUAUUUUAUUUUAUUUUCAAUGUAAUCUCAGUUAUGUGAUAAGUAUUUGAGUAACAUUAUCUAUUAUAUUAUGUAAAUUAACUAAAUGAAAUGAAAACUGUUAAAUUUUA